AAAGACUACUACAAAAGAGGGUAGAGGGAAAAUGAUGAAAUGAUGCAUCAUGAUUCUUUCUUCAUGGGUUAUGUAUGAGAUUCUGUCAACCGAGUUUCUUGGGUUCUGGAUUCUUGAAUAAAAUCCCACACUUUUCCUCUUCAUGCAAGCAAAACAGCUCACUUUUUGCGUUGGUGUCCUUCUUUAAGUAUUCACUUUCUGCAUUUUUAAAGACGGUGGGGUUAAUGCAGUAGUGUAGUACUACUCCUUGGCUUUUUCUACCCGACUCUAUACUAGCACUACUUCAAUAUUCAAGGUGUAUCAAAAUUUUCAAAAAAAUUACCGAGAAAAAGGGGUUCUUUAAGCACUGUUUAGUGGGCUUUGAUUUGUCGUACUGUUUGGGGAGAGCCGGGAAAACCCAUGAGUAUCCUUCAUGAGAGUUUCACAGUACUGCUUACACAGGAUUCUUUUGGAUUCUCUGAGGAAACCUACAUGUAGUGCCCGUGCCCAAGUAUACGUUUUCAAGCUUUCACCUUUUUUCUUGUAAUGGUAAGUAUCAGCAACAAUUUAGGUCCCUUGUAAGGCGAAGUAUCCUACCAAUCUACCUUCUCAUAUCUUCAUCCAAUAUAUUCUCUUGACAAGGCUGUUAAAGAUUAGUAGGGGAAGGUCCAUUAUCCAGUAGACUGGUUAUUUCAAGAUACUUGAUCUUUCCUCUACAAAGACAAUCAAGAAAUUGAUGCAUUCGAUAUGCCAAUAGACAUGACUGAACCAAGUUCUGGAAAUCCAUUUGAUGCAAACUUCCUCAGCUCUUCUGAAUUAAUUGUGUUGAACAACCGAGACCGGAUACUUUCUGGAAUUCCUGGGCCUUCAGUAGUGCAGGGUGACGGCACCAGUUCACAAGCAUGGAUCCAUGAGCCAAAUUCUGGCAGGAUCUCUGAUUCUUAUAUGUUAAGAAACACGCUGCCAGAAAGAGAACCUAUGGGGGUUGUCCCAUAUGGAGCUUCACAUCAAAUCAGUAGUACUCAAGUUCAGGAUAGAUAUAUGGAGGGAGUGCCCCUUUCUGCUGCAUCCAUUGCCACCCUUUUAGCUGCAAGGUCUGAUAAUCAGGAGAAUCUAGAAAAACCUGUUUCUUCUGCUCCUUUAAUUUAUCCCUUGGAAAUACCCAGAAGUAUUGUCCUAAAUGACAAUGCUGACAAUUUAAAUCCAUCUCACAGCUCUAUGAGAUAUGGGUAUGAUGGUUUACCUGCUUCUACAAGCACAAAAUGGGAUUUUAACAAUUUUGCUGCUCAUCCAGAGCUAGCAGGGGCAGCAGUGGGAAGGACUGGAUUGCAACCAUUUGAGUCAAUGAUGAACCUCUAUCCAAAUGAGUGGAUAACGUCAGAAAAUGCCAAUUUGGACUCUGAUAGUCCCUCAGGCUGUUCUAGGUUGAGUAACGAGCUGUCCCUCAGCCUUGCUAUGACAAACCCUUCUGUUGUACACAGGACUUCUAUCCAGGAUCAGUGUUCCGAAAUUUGCGGCUCCAGUAGCCCUUGUGAAAGAUGUUUGGGCUCCGAACAAACUUCUUGCAAUAGGAAUCUUUCUUUGGGCUUUGGUUCUUAUAGGCCAGUUCAGCUUUCGCAGUUCUUAUCUGGCUCAAGAUAUAUCCAUGUGAUGCAAGAAUUACUCGCUGAGAUAGCUGCCUAUUCUCUUGGAAGUCUUGACCUGAUGAAGUCUCCUGCUAUUGGAAUGGAAGACAGGGCAGAUGCUUCAAUUUCUUCAAGUUGCACUGCUGUAGAAGGAUAUUUAUCUGCAGCUUCUGAAGACUUUUCUGAUGCAUCAAACAUAGUAAGAUAUCAAAUUGAUCCCGUACUUCCAGGACGAAAUGCAGAAAGAAAGAAGAAGCAACUGCUGGGUUUAUUAGAAGCGGUUGAUGAUAGAUACAACGAAUGCUUAGACGAGAUACAUACCGUCAUUUCUGCAUUUCAUGCUGUGACUGAGUUGGACCCUCCUAUACAUGCUCGUUUUGCUCUUCAAACAAUCUCUUUCUUGUAUAAGAACCUACGCGAGAGGAUUAGCAACCACAUUCUUGCAAUGGGAGCACAUCUCAGUCAAGGAGUAGUGAGAGAAAAUGAAGAGUCUUUUGAGGCGUCUUUCAUCCAGAAGCAAUGGGCACUUCAGCAGCUAAAAAGGAAAGACAAUCAGUUAUGGAGGCCUCAAAGAGGGUUGCCAGAAAGAUCUGUUUCUGUCUUGAGGGCCUGGAUGUUUCAAAACUUCCUCCACCCGUAUCCGAAGGAUGCAGAGAAGCACUUGCUUGCAAUGAAAAGUGGCUUGACCAGGAGCCAGGUAUCCAAUUGGUUUAUAAAUGCUCGAGUACGACUUUGGAAGCCAAUGAUUGAGGAAAUGUAUUCUGAGAUGAAUAGAAGAAAAAUUCGUCACAAUGACGAAGAAACGAAUAGCAACCAAAGAAGUCGAGUGAGCCUCGAGAAUGGAAGAUUUUCGAUGUAUUAAAGUGCUAAAGGUGCUUGAUUUUUGGCUACUGCAGCAAAGAUCCGUGCUGACAAGUCACUGGACACUGGAACUGUAAAUUUUCAUGGCAUCCUACAAGGCAACUUAGUUAUCAUUGCAAAUGCUCUCUCCCCCUCACUAGUGAUGAUGCAGGGAACGCAGAUUAGAUGGUGGGAUGUGGCUAUUGCAAUGUAUGAACGUACAUUUUGCCUCUACGUGACUAAUAAAUUUCAGGGUUUAGAUAACCCUGAAUAUGAAUUUCAAACCAAGCAACCAUAAGGAUAUUGAAACUGAAUCAUCUAGUCUUGUGAAUUGAUCCCCUCUCCAC